AGGUGGCACCAUGGCCCUCUCCCAGGUGCAGUGUCUGGACAACAGCCACGUCAACUGGCGCUCCAGCGAGUCCAAGCCGGAGUUCUUCUACAGUGAGGAGCAGCGUCUGGCGCUGGAGGCCCUGGCGGCCCACGGCCCCGAGGCCUUCUACGAGGUGCUGAAUCGGGAGAACAUCCGGGACUUCCUCUCGGAACUGGAGCUCAAACGCAUCCUGGAGACCAUUGAAGUGUACGACCCAGGCUCUCAGGACCCUGGGGACUCGGGCUGCCCCCAGGGGCCUGAGGACAAUGGAGUCGGAGACCGAGAGGAGGCCAGUGGGGCAGGUGGAGACCUAACUGAGGCGGAGCCACCGCCCUCACUGGAGUACUGGCCCCAGAAGUCAGACCGCUCCAUCCCACAGCUGGACCUGGGCUGGCCCGACACCAUCGCCUACCGCGGUGUGACCAGGGCCAGCGUGUACAUGCAGCCGCCCCUGGACGGGCAGGCCCACGUCAAGGAGGUGGUGCGCAAGAUGAUCAGCCAGGCCCAGAAGGUGAUAGCUGUGGUCAUGGACAUGUUCACCGAUGUAGAUAUCUUUAAGGACCUGCUGGACGCCGGCUUCAAAAGGAAGGUGGCCGUGUACAUCAUCUUGGACGAGAGUAACGUCAAAUACUUCCUGCACAUGUGUGAGCGAGCCCGCAUGCACCUGGGACACCUCAAGAAUCUCAGGGUACGGAGCAGCGGGGGAACAGAGUUCUUCACGCGGUCGGCCACCAAGUUCAAGGGCGCCCUGGCCCAGAAGUUCAUGUUUGUGGAUGGAGACCGAGCCAUCUGUGGCUCCUACAGCUUCACGUGGUCGGCCGCGAGGACGGACCGGAACGUGAUCUCCGUGCUGUCCGGCCAAGUGGUGGAGACGUUUGACCGGCAGUUCCAGGAGCUGUACCUCAUGUCACAGGGCGUCAGCCUCAAGGGCAUCCCCAUGGAGAAGGAGCCCGAGCCGGAGCCCAUUGUGCUGCCCUCUGUGGUCCCUCUGGUGCCCUCUGGCACUGUGGCCAAGAAGCUUGUCAACCCCAAGUAUGCGCUAGUCAAGGCCAAGAGCGCUGAGGAGAUCGCCAAGGUCUCCUCUGAGAAGCAGGAGGUCAAGAAGCCCGCGGGGCUGCGGGGCCCGGUGCUGGCCGAGCAGCCGGGAGACCCCCCCGAGCCGCCCCUGCCUAUCCACCCAGGGCUGCUCAACCUGGAGCGGGCCAACAUGUUCGAGUACCUGCCCACGUGGGUGGAGCCAGACCCCGAGCCAGGCAGUGACAUCCUGGGCUACAUCAAUAUCAUCGACCCCAACAUCUGGAACCCCCAGCCCAGCCAGAUAAACCGCAUCAAGAUCCGAGACACAUCCCAGGCCGGCACCCAGCUGUGGAGGCAGAGCCAGGACUGCAGCCCUGCUCCAGAGCCCAGCAGCCCCCAGGACGGGGUCCCAACCAAGAAUGGGCUCCCCCAGGAGGACCCCAAGCCACAACCCCCUGUGCCCAAGCCCCGGACGGUCCCCGUGGCAGACGUGCUUGCCCAGGAGGGCAGUGGUGUGGGCGGGGCCCUAGAGAGCCCCGAAGAGGAGGUGCCCCAGGCCAGGCCAGGCCAUAGGCUGCCCAGGACACCAGGCCCAGGCCACGUCCUGCCCCAGCGGCAGCUGUCUGUGACCCAGGAUGACCCUGACGGUGAGGGGCUGGUCCCCAAUGGGCUAGAUCGGGAAGAGGAGGAAGAUGAUGAUGACUACGUGACCCUCAGCGACCAGGACAGCCUCUCGGGCAGCUCUGGCCUUGGCCGUGGCCCCCGGCGGCCCUCAGUGGCCUCCUCUUCUGUGUCAGAUGAAUAUUUCGACGUGAGGGAGAGCUCAGCCCCUCUGCGGAGGCGCCACUCAGAGCAGGUAGCCAAUGGGCCGGCCCAGCGCCCCCGCCGACAGCUGAGUGCCCCCCACGUGACCCGCGGAGCCUUUGGUGAGCCCCCGUGUGGGUCACUGUGGGCCCCAGGCCAGGAGAGAGAAGAAGCCAGCACUCUGCGGAAGAUGCAGGCCUUGCGCUCCGUGGACAAGGAGGCACAGGACCACCAUUAUGGAGUCCCUGCCUUGGGGACCAGGGAGAAAGAUGGCUUCCCACAGCCGUUGAGGACCCCAAGAUCCCCGGGGUACUGCCCCGCUGCUGAGGACGCCCAGAGCUCUACCAGGAAAGCGGGUUCCCAUUACUGGCAGGCCAAAGGCAGCCUCCUGCCGGGUCCCAGGAGCCCAAGGCUGGCCCGAAACGCCAGUCUCCUGACUGACGGCAGAGCCACCGUAGUGCACCCGAGCCCUUUUGGAAUCCCAUACUCCAGACUGUCCCAGUCGAAGCAACUGAAGGCCAGGACAGGCGGCAGCCAAUGGGCCUCAUCUGACUCUAAAGGGAGGGUCCAGACCCCUCGGGACCACAAGGACCCCUAGCCAGGUCGUCCGCGGCCUCCACCCAAGCCCAGACCGACCAAGCAGGUGUUCCCAGGGCCACACAUGGAUUGGCAAAUCGGCCGCCGGACUCUCCAGAACCCACCCCGGAAGGCAAGAAGGUAGCAGGCGAUGAUGUUGACACACCUGGUCGGUGCACCAGUACCAGGUGGCCAUGAUGGUCAGACCAAAGGUCAUCCCAGUC